AAACUUUUCAUAUUGCUUUUCAAACCGGAUGUGAAUCACAAAACUCUCCAGAAGCUCGUCACAAAUAUCAACGCUUAUCAACAUCAUUGGUGAAUUUUUAUAUAGUGGUUAUAAGUGGAGAGAGAUUUCUUCGAUAUAAAGAGGAACGCACUGUGAAGACCAUACAGCAAAGCGAACCUGGCUCCUCCACUGCCCGUAACGAUGCCUGCUCUGCUGGAGAGACCAAAGCUGUCCAAUGCGAUGGCCAGAGCCCUGCAUAAACACAUCAUGAAGGAGAGAGAGAGGAAAAGACAAGAAGAGGAAGAAGUGGAUAAAAUGAUGGAACAGAAAAUGAAAGAAGAAGAGGAGAGGAAACGAACUAAAGAAAUGGAGGAAAGAAUGUCUUUGGAAGAGACCAAAGAGCAGGUUAAAAAAAUGGGGGGGAAAUUGCAAGUUUUGCAAGAGGAGAAACAUCAGCUCUUCUUACAGCUUAAAAAAGUCCUUCAUGAGGAGGAAAGGCGACGAAGGAAAGAGCAAAGUGACAUUACGGCACUGCCAUCUUCAAGUUACCAGUCCACCUUACCUCUGCAUUCAGGACAGCGUCUGCUCAGCAUACAAGGCAGUCCAGUGAGUCACAGUAGAGCUAGUGCUCUUUUAGGGGAGCGCAGUAAACAGUUGUUCCAGACACCUUUGAUUCCUGGCCAUCACUUCUCCAGCCAGCCAGGUUUUCCUCCUGGCUCGUCUGAGUAUGGCCAGUUCUCAGGAAGUUCUGCGGUCCAUGAGCCAUAUGCAGUCACCCAGGCCCAGCACCACUCCUCUUACGGACCUGCUGUUACUGUCCCCAUCAGCUUUGCAGGCACCACUCAGAUCAGAGGGACAUCACCAUUCCAAAGCAUGUCGUUCUUGCCCCACCAGCCUCAGGGUUAUGCUGUCCAGAGCCAUUUCUCCUCCCAGCCAGGAUUCAUACCUAGUGCAAGUCUCUCCCUUCAGAAGCAGCUUGAACAUGCUAAUCAGCAGUCUGGCUUCACUGACUCCGCUGCUCUUAGAUCCAUGCAUCCUCAGGCUUUACAUGUAAGUGCAGCUGGACUGCUGCCCAACCCGUCCAUGGCUGUCCAGAUCCCUACAGCAAAGAGUUCACCUCAGCCAGCAUCUCAACACGCCUUCCUCUCUCACGCUCAGGCUGGACAGAGAUUCUAUCACCAUGGCAAACCACAUUAACAACAAACAUUAUGAUUAUUACAAGGUGCCAGUAAUAAAUGUCCCAUGUAACAAAUGUCUGUGAUUCAUUAACAUUAAAAAGAUUUUUACACAGUUCAAUCUAUAGAAAAUAUUAUCAAGUGCCUCUCAAAUGCUGUCUCAAAAACAUUUUAAAAUGAUGUAUUUUAUGCUACUGAGCCACUACAUAAAAAUGCUGUUGCACACAGGUUGCUGAUGUUUGUUUCGUAAUUAUGAACAAGAUGCUCCUUUAUUUCAAAAGAGGAAAAAUGAGCAAAAAACAUAUAAAAGAAAUUGUGGAUUGCAGUUAUAGAAUAAAUAGUGGAAUCAAUUGGAAUUUCUCAGCAAGAUCCUUAAGCUUAAAAAAACGUUCAGCAGAUUGUAAGCCUCAGUCACCAUUUACUUUUAUUUUGAUUGCAUUGCACUUUUUUUCAUACAAUGAAAAUGAAUGGUGACUGAGGCUGUUAUUCAUAUCUUUAUACAUAUAUGAAGCUCCUGAAAAGUAAAACAAAAAACAAAUUGGGUGAAAAAAUAACAGAAUCUGAAUUUUUGGGUGAACUAUCCCAUUAACAAGUACAGACUAUUUUGUAGUUUAAAGUGUUGUAAUGCAGUUGAGCAACUGCUAGAUCAGUUAGACUUGUCCUGCAUUACCAGUCUGUAUCCCAGCUGUUUUUUUCUUUUUUUCAGUAAGAAUACUCUCAAAUAAUUGCUAGUUGUUUUUAAUGCAGUUUCUCUUGCCAGCAACCAUGCCAUUGUGGUUACAUAUAUUACAUCACCAGUGACUACAAAGAGCCAAAACUCAUCACAAACUGAAACAGACAUAAUUUAUAUGUGCUCUUUUUAAUAUUGGGUUGGGUUGUCUUGCUAGAAUACAAAUGUCUGUUGUUGUUUUUUUCUCAUUUACAGUCUUGCAACAAAUAAAAAUGUAUCAUGACUCA